UGCUGCUCGCUUGGUUUGUGAGGCAUGACCGACGAUGCAUCGACGUCUGGCGCCAUCUACAAGCCGCUUCAGCAGUCAAAAUACGGCGCCGUUCGGACGGACACGCUUUCGGCCAAACAGCAAGGCAAGCAACGAGCGCAGGACAGAGCGACACCGUCCACUUCGAACCUGUCCUCCAGGCUGGGCGAUGCUGCGUACGCUCAGCGCAUAGCAGGCAAGCAUGUCCAGCUCGAGAACCCAGGGCGAAAGAGCGCGCGGCGAAAGGAGAAAGAGCUCGUGAGGGAUCAGGAGAAGGAGAAGAAGCGGCGUAGUGCGCUCAGAGGCCAGCGCAUCCUCGUCGGAAGAGGAGCGGGAAAAGAUCGCAUGAGCUAUGCAUCCCUCGAGCCUUUGCAUCAGCUAUGGCUCGAUUACAUGGCCCAGCUCCUCAAUAUCGCCCUCGCUGGCCCUCCAGAUCCUUCAGGCCUACAGACGGAAUCGCCAAAACCAGCCUACCAUGACGGUCUCGCGCUGGGCGUACAGAGCAAGCUACUCAAGGCAGACUACAUGGGCUGCUUUCUCGUCGUCAAAGACGCAAAGAAUGUAGAUCUCAUCGGUCUCAAGGGCCUCGUCAUCCAAGAGACAGCAAGCACUUUUCGCAUCGUCACUCGUAACGAUGUCGUCAAGAUCAUUCCCAAACGACGGUCCAUCUUCACCUUCGCUCUACCGCUUCAACAGCAGCCUGAUCAGCCAGCCCAGGAGCUCACAUUCGAGAUCUAUGGCAACCAAUUUGCGUAUCGCUCGGCAGACAGAGUCGCACGCAAGUUCAAACCCAAAGGCGGCACUGCCCUGUUGUUGUAGCAGCAAAAUGAAGCCUCGUGCGACAACAUGAG